AUGAGUACGCCAUCCGUCUCUUUCGAUAUUGCUAAACAUCCUGCUAAAGAUACCAUCAAGUUAUUGACAUCUCUUCUGGAGAAGGUCACAAUGGCCAAUGACAGGGCUCACUCAGCAACCCCAAAUACAACUGAUCCUACCGAUCAUUCUACCCGACAAGGUCGAGCACGUAGCAUAUCCCACCCAUCACCUUAUACUUGCUUUCAUGCACGCUCUAUACCAAGCAUCACAAUCCAUGCUUAUCUUAUUCGCAUUUUAAAAUAUUGUCCUUGUGCAAACGAAUGUUUCCUGGCUCUUUUGGUUUACUUUGAUCGCAUGUCAAAGCCAAAUCAUUUAACCAACUCGCCUUCACUUCGGCUCGACUCAUACAACGUUCAUCGCCUUGUUAUUACUGGAAUUAUGAUUUCUAGCAAGCUGUUCUCGGAUGUUUUCUUUACCAAUUCACGCUAUGCAAAGGUUGGAGGAUUACCUGUGUCUGAACUUAAUACUCUUGAACUUGAGUUUCUUCAGUUAAACAACUAUGGGAUGUUUGUAACAAUCGAAGAGUUGCAAUAUUAUGGUGACCAACUACUGUUGCACUGGGUAAGGGAA